AUGGCCUCUCACGUUGUUGUGAUAGACUCCACUGCUCGAAAGGCUACAGUCAAGGUCACUCCUACAAAACAUCUCACUGAGGUUCUAUCGGAAGCAUGUUCCAAGCUCGGCCUUGAUGCCCGCCAAUAUGGACUCAAACAUCAGAAGAAACAGAUCGAUCUCUCGCUCUCUAUACGACUAUCGGGGCUAAGCUCCGGUGCUAGGCUUGAGCUUGUCCAGCUUUCGCGCUCCCCCUCCGUCGUCUCCGUUGCCUUACAGCUUCCCGAAUCAGAGGCCCGAGGUGCCCCAAACGGCCGUUUAACCGAUAAGUUCCCCAGUACUACCACGUUAUGGCAUGUUUUACGGAAGUUUGAAGCCGGGGUGGCGGGGAAUGGAACCACGAGAAACCUGACGGCUAGAGGGGUGCCGUCGACGGCAACUGGUGCGGGGCGGUUGUUUUAUGAGUCUCCUGUCAUUCAAGUUGUCGGGAGGGAGCUAUCGUCAUUUGGGGAUCUACAGAGGACUCUUGGGCAGCUGGGGUUCAAUAGCGGAAGCACUCUUCUCAGAUUAAACUUCAGGGCGACGGAUAAGCCGCUCGAAGAAGCCAUGAUGGAAAUCGCGGGGUACUUCAAGUCCAUAGAAGAAGAGGAGGAUACAAGUAAUGUGAACGCUUCCGGGGGCUCAAAACGCGAAACUCUCGUUCCGUCAGGCUCAGAACUGGCAAUGCCAGAACCAUCCGCUACAUCGACCCUAUCCGAUAUUACAGAUCCCACCCCCGAGCCUCAAGCCAUCCCAGAACAGCAACAAAGUACGGGAAACCCCGCCCAAACCCCUCCUCCAGUGACCACUGUAUCAUCAAGGCCUACCACCGUUUACGCCCCACCCUCGAGCGCAGUACCACAAUCCGCGAAAACCCCAUUCAACGAGCACGACUAUGUCCCUACCGUCGACCAAGCAAAAGCUCACCAACUUCACCUCAGCCGCACCACCCGCCCCAACCGCCUCCCCACCGACGCAGAACUGGCGGCACAAGCAUCCGCCCAGGAAACCAAGCUUGCCAGCAUCGCCGAUGUCGAAGUCAAGAUCCGCUUCCCCGAUCAAAGCCAGGUAGUCUCCAAGUUCACCAGGGAAGAUACGGCGCAGGGUCUGUACGCGUUUGUCAGAAGUUGCCUGGAUAGUUCUAUAUCGGGCGAGAAAUUCUCGUUGUCAUUCUUCGCUGCUGCUGGCGGGGUCGGGGCAGGGGGCGCGACCUCCCCACUCACUACCCCCUUACACACCCACCAUUCCCUAUCAUCAAACCCGACAAAUAAAAAGGGCCAGUCCGUCAUCCCGGACGUGGCUGAGAAAUUACUCAUUCGCGAUUUGCGCAUGAGUGGCCGCGUGCUGGUGAAUUUCUCCUGGGCGGACGAUGUCUCGUCGCGGGCGAAGAGCGCGUCGACACGGGUGCAGAUACUCCGCCCCGAACUGAGGCAGGUGGCUAGCCAGAUCAAGGUGCAGGAGGUGGCUGCUCUUCCUGUCCGUGAUGAGAAGGGGGAUAAGUCGUUGCUGCAGAGGCUGGGCGGCGGCGGCGAUGGGGAUCAGGGACGUGCGGGAGCGAGGAAAGGGGGUGGCGGGGUGCCGAAGUGGCUGAAGUUACCUGGGAAGAAGUAGGGAGGGAGACAUUUUGUUCAUUUUGUUCAUAGAGUUUAUCUUUGUUUCGCUUUUGCUACGAUGAGCUUAGACGGCAAUGAAGCGUGAUGAUAAUGAAAU